AUGGCCAGCCUAAGUGCUAAACGAACAUACCGCAUUGCAUCUAUACCGGCAGAUGGUAUUGGUCCAGAGGUUAUAGGGGCAGGGAUAACAGUGCUGAAGAAGCUGACAUCUACGCUGGGCAAGUUUGAGCUAGAGUUUGAAAACUUCGACUGGAGCAGCGAGUACUACAAGAAGAAUGGCAAGUAUCUACCCGACGAUGCAUUGACUACAUUGAAGAAAUUUGAUGCGAUACUCUUUGGGGCCGUGGGGGCACCUGAUGUGCCUGACCACGUAUCCCUUUGGGGUCUACGCCUUGCCAUCUGCCAACCACUGCAGCAGUACGCCAAUGUGAGGCCAACAAAGGUGUUCCGGGGCACGCAGUCUCCCCUCCGCGGCUGCACUCCCGGAGACCUGGACUGGGUAAUCAUCCGUGAGAACUCCGAGGGCGAAUAUGCAGGACAGGGCGGCCGGAGCCACGUAGGCCGGGCGUGGGAGACGGCGACGGAGGUAUCCAUUUUCACUCGCCACGGCGUGGAGAGGAUUAUGAGAUUUGCCUUUGAGACGGCACGGAGUCGAAGCAGGAAACAGCUUACCGUAGUCACGAAGAGCAAUGCUCAGCGGAACGGACUGGUGCUUUGGGACGAGGUGGCGGCCGAAGUAGCAAAGUCAUUCCCGGACGUGAAGUGGGAUAAGAUGCUUGUUGAUGCCAUGACGACUCGGAUGGUGCUGAAGCCGGAGAGCCUGGAUGCCAUUGUUGCUACGAACCUGCACGCCGAUAUUCUAUCAGAUCUGGUAGCUGCCCUGGCAGGGUCCAUCGGGAUAGCACCCACGAGCAAUCUCGAUCCGACACGCGAGAACCCGUCAAUGUUCGAGCCCAUCCACGGCUCUGCAUUCGACAUAACCGGAAAGGGCAUCGCCAACCCUGUGGCCACUUUCUGGACAGCCUCUGAGAUGCUGGCCUGGUUGGGAGAGAAAAAAGCGGCAGACCUGCUGCUGGAGUGCGUCGAGGCCGUGUGCGAGAAGGGAGUGGCCACGCCGGAUCUGGGAGGCAGACAGACGACGGUCGAGGUGACAAAUGCCGUGUGUAAGGAGAUUGAGGGCCGGUUGGGGAGGUAA